AUGGAUAUCGAUCCUACCCGUCGUAACAAGAAGCCCCGCUUGUUGUUGGAGUCGGAGCGAGAGCGUCUGGAUGAAUUUAUUGACUCUAUUCACUACUCAGCCCGUUACUCGGACGACAAAUUCGAAUAUCGCCAUGUGCAACUGCCAAAGAACAUGCUCAAGAAGAUCCCCGCAGACUAUUUCGAUAGCGCCAAAGGAACUUUGAAGUUACUGUGGGAGGAAGAGUGGCGAGCGCUGGGAAUUACACAAAGUUUGGGCUGGGAACACUACGAGGUGCAUGAGCCGGAGCCUCAUAUUCUCCUAUUCAAGAGGCCCCUGAAUUACCAGCCGCCGAUGGUACAAUAG